AUUCUGGAAUCCCCUUUAACAGGGGUUAGAAAAGGAGGAUUUACACACAGCAAACUCAAAUCAAGAGAAAUGCUUGUCUCUCCCGAAUUUCAAGCUGCAUCUGACACUUCUGACUUCUGUAAUCUCCUGUCACAGAGAGCUAGAAGAUUUGAAGCGUGUGAGAUUUUUCUCUGACUCCAGUGCCUCUGAUAACUUUCCAGCUGCAGGAUCCAGCAGGAGAUUUUAAAUUUGAAAACAGUGAAAUUGUUUCAGGGGAUAUUAGAAGGGGAGGAUUUGCAGCCCAAUUUAUCAUAAUGUGAAUGUCACCGGAUUUUGAACAUGGAAGGAGAAAGCACUGUUCACAGUGGAGAGAAACCGUACACGUGUUCUGUGUGUGGUCGAGGCUUCAGCCAAUUAUCUGACCUAUCAGAACAUAAAUGCAGUCACAACAGGGAGAAGCCGUGGAAAUGUGGGGACUGUGGGAAAGGAUUUAAUCACCUGUCUGACCUGAAAACUCAUCGGCGCAGUCACACUGGGGAGAGGCCAUUCACCUGCUCCGAGUGUGGGAAGGGUUUCACUCAGUCCUCCCACCUGCUGAUACAUCAACGUGUUCACACUGAUGAGAGACCAUUCAGGUGCUCUCACUGUGGGAUGCGUUUCAGGCGAUCAUCUGACCUCAUUGUACACCAACGAAUUCACACUGGAGAGAGGCCGUUCAUCUGCUCCAAGUGCGGGAAGGGAUUCACUCGAUCAUCCAACUUGCUGAUACACCAGCAAAUUCACACUGGGGAGAGACCAUUCACCUGCUCCGAGUGUGGGAAGGGAUUCAAUCAUUCAUCUGACCUGCUGCAACACCAGCGCGUUCACACUGGAGAGAGGCCAUUCACCUGCUCUGAGUGUGGGAAGGGAUUCACUUGUUCAUCAGACCUGCUGACACACCAGCGAGUUCACACUGGGGAGAGACCAUUCAUUUGCUCCAAGUGUGGGACAGGAUUUGCUCGCUCAUCCACAUUACUGAGGCACCAGCGAGUUCACACUGACGAGAGACCUUUUAAAUGCCCAGUCUGUUGGAAGUGUUAUAAAAGCUCCAAGGAACUGUUGUCUCAUCAACGUGUUCACACGGAUGAAAGACCAUUCAGGUGCUCUCUCUGCGGGACUGGGUUCAAUCAAUCAUCUGACCUCACUGUACACCAGCGAAUUCACACUGGGGAGAGGCCGUUCACCUGCAUGGAGUGUGGGAAGGGAUUCACUCAGUCAUCCAAUCUGCUCAGACACCAGCGAGUUCACACUGUGGAGCGACCGUUUAAAUGCUCAGACUGUGGGAAGUGUUAUAAAGGUUUCCAGGAACUGAUGUCCCAUCAACGUGUUCAUGCUGAUGAGAGACCAUUCAGGUGCUCUCAAUGCGGGACUGGAUUUAAGCGAUCAUCUCAACUCACUGUACAUCAGCGAAUUCACACUGGGGAGAGACCGUUCAGCUGCACAGACUAUGGGAAGGGAUUCACUCAGUCAUCCACUCUUCUGAGACACCAGCGAGUUCACAAUUUCACAGGGUAAGAGAAGGAGAGGAUUUGCAGUCGGGAAACUGAAACCAAACAUCACAUCAGGAGCUGACAAAGUCUCUCGAUUCAUCAGGACUUGAAUAUCAUCAGCCUUUGAACAUGGAAAUAAAAGGCACUGUUCACACUGCGGAGAAACCAGGGAAAUAUGGGGACUAUAGGAAGGGAUUCAAUUACCUGUCUGAGCUGGAAAUUCAUCAGCACAGUCUCACUGGGGAGAGGCCAUUUCCUACUCUGAGUGUGGGAAAGAAUUCAUUGAUUCAACCAACCUGCAGACACACCAGCGAGUUCACACUGAGGAGAGGCAGUUCACCCGCUCCAGGUGUGGGAUGGGAUUCAUUAAUUCAUCUGACCUGCUGACACAUCGAAGAGUUCACAGUGGGGAGAGGCCGUUCAUCUGCACCAAGUGUGGGAAAGGAUUUGCUCAGUCAUCAACCUGCUGAUCCACCAGUGAAGUCACACUGGGGAGAGACCAUUCACCUGCUCUGAGUGUGGGAAGGGAUUCACUUGUUCAUCCAACAUGAUGAGAUACUAGCGAGUUCACACUGACAAGAGACCUCUUAAAUGCCCGAUUGUGAGAAGUGCUAUGUAACUUCAGGUAAACUUAUGUCCCAUCAAACAUAUUCACACUGAUGAGAAACCAUUCAGGUGCUCUCACUGUGGGACUGAGUUCAGGCGAUCAUCUCAACUCACUGUACACCAGCGAAUUCACACUGGGGAGAGACCAUUCCUCUGCUCCGAGUGUGGGAUGGGAUUCACUCAAUCAGCCAAUCUGCUGUCACACCAGCGAGUUCACACUGACAAGAGACCUUUUAAAUGCAUAGACUGGAGGAAAUGCUUUUUAAGUUCUGGGGAACUGAUGCGCCAUAAAUGAGUCCACACUGACAAGAGACCAUUUAAAUGCCCAGAAUGUGGGAAAUGCUAUAAAAGGUCUGGAAACUUGAUGUCCCAUCAAUGUGUUCACACUGAUGAGAGACCGUUCAGAUGCUUGUACUGUGGGACUGGGUUCAAGCGAUCAUCUCAACUCACUGAACACCAGUGAGUUCACACUGGAGAGAGGCCAUUCACCUGCUCCGAGCGUGGGGAGAGAUUCACUCAGUCAUCCACCCUGAUGAGUCACCAGCGAGUUCACAAAUAAUUACAGUGAUUGGAUUUUGCUGUUAAUCAUGCCCAGGACUGAAUCAUGUUCAUUGGGGUCUGUUUCUGUUGAUGUUAAUAAACUCCAGCCCAGUUAUAAUGGUUAAUAUUUUGGAUAAAAGUCAAAU